AUGCCCGAAUCAAUCAUCCUCAAGGGAGGCCACACAGCCGUCAAGCCCACCGCCACAUUUACCGGUGAUGUCUACGUCGACAUGAUUCAUAUGGAUGACAAAUCUGCUGUCGCCAAUGUCACUUUCACCCCUUGUGCGCGGACUCACUGGCAUACCCACGAGGACGGACAAUUCCUUAAGGUCGUGGCUGGUUCCGGCUGGAUCUGCGACAAGGGUGGUGAGCCCCGCCGCAUCAAAAUGGGAGACUUGAUUUGGGCUGAGCCGGGAACUACCCACUGGCAUGGAGCCGAUGAUGGUAGUAUCAUGACACACUUAGCUCUUGGUUUUGGAAAGACAACCUGGCUUGAUCCCGUUACCGAUGAGCAGUAUGGUGUUAAGAAGGAUUAA